UACUGGAGUACAACCAAGUUCGGGUAACACCACAGUGCUCCGGUCAUUCACAUCGACAUUAUGAAUCCCAUGGGAUAUGCAUCGUUCAACGAAAAUAAUAAACCCUGACUUUUUGAGACAUUUUAAUAUUUCCCGGCUAUUGGUGUGACAAGCUAGAAUGAAGAACGUGCUACAAUAUUAAUCAGGAAACGAGUACAACUGUCGGAUGUAACGUAGAGUUGAGAGCGAGAGUAUGACGCCACUUCGACAUGAGCUGUAUCUCUUCUAACCAUGACCCAGAUCAUAUUGCAUCGGUUAGUGUUCCUGUUCCUGACAGGAAAAGGGUGUAGUGGAUGAACAGCUGGACGCUGUUUAACGUUGGAUGAAAAACAAGGAGGGGGAAUAUUGAUACAUUUUAAGUUAUGGAGCUAAGACGGACAAGUCCGUCAUGCAAUUGUAUUGUUUUAUGUGGAAUAACGCUAUGUCUUAUUUUCGGUACAAAUCUAACAGUGGCAAUUGAGUUGUAUGCCCCAACGGAGGUACUGGUUGAGAAUGGCACCACAGGAAUCCUCAAGUGUUCCUUUAAGUCCAGUGAAGUGGUCAGCAGCGCGGCCACAGUCACGUGGUCUUUUAGCCCGGCUGGAUCCGACGCGGGAAGCGGAGUUUCCAUUUUCCACUUCGCUAAUGGGAACCACUACCCGGGGAGCGUGGCUCAAUUCAAAGACCGACUGAAAUGGGCGGGAGACCUGAACAAAAAAGAUGCCUCAAUCCAUUUAAUGGAGGCGCAGUUCAACGACAACGGCACUUACUCCUGUACUGUUAUGAACCCACCAGACAUAUCCGUCACUGCCGUUCAGACACAGCUGAAGGUUGUUAUUAAAGAGUCUCUCCCUAAGAACAACGCAGCUGUCAUAGUAGGCGCCGUGUGCGGUGCUGUCAUCGGGCUCAUCCUCAUUGCAGUGGUUACCUGCCUGAUCAUCAAGAGGCAUAAAUCCAGCCAUGAAUACGAAGGCUGCAUCUCAGUGGAGAGUGUGAGCUCCCACGCCACACGCCCUGGGGGGAAGAAAGAGCCCAGCUCGGAAGGCUCCAGAUGUAGCAGUCCCUCUGCCCCGGUCCAGGUAGGAGCUACAGGACCGGUGAUAUACGCCCAGCUGGAUCACUCGGGCAUCAAGAACCCAAACUCAUUCCACAAGAUGGAGCCAGUGGUGUACGCUGACAUAAGGAAAAACUGAAAAUGUGGUGAAGGAGAACUUGAGACCAAAAGGGACAGGCCACCAUAGCUCACUACUCGCUGCUUUAAGAUAGGUGGGGUGGGGGUGGGGGGUUGUAUAAAUACGGAGAUAGAAUUGAUGCUGUUUUGAACAUUUUGUUUCUUCUCUUGAAUUUUUCCUUCUGUCUGCUAAAAGCAUUAUGUGAAAGAAAUGCUACUAAGGCUAUCAAUACAACACAGACAUUAGAUAAGUACUAUACAUUAAAUGCAUGCUUAUGAAAUGUAUGCAGGAAUCAUGAUACAUGUUGAAGACGGCCUGCAGCUGUUAUUCUAUUUUAUAGUAUGAGUAUAGUAGUAUAUUAUAAAGUAACUGUAAGACAAGAACACUACUGCCUUCCUUUUGAAAGUCACGAAACAAAGUAUGUCACGAUACAAAUUAGACUGGUAGGCUGUAUGACAAUACCUCUCCUUUCUUUCUUUCUUUCUUUCUUUCUUUCUUUCUUUCUUUC